CCUCCACUUAAAUAUUUAUAAAGUAAUAAUUAAUGUGAUAAUGUCAUUAGCUCAAUAAUAUCAAUCUGAUUAGAACUGAGAAAGUUUCUACCUGGCCUCAAAUUAGCUGGCUUUCUGCAUCUUCAGAAUCAGAAAUCAUGGGGAGGAAGAAUCAUGAGUUUGCAGGCGCAGGUGUUACCUUGUUACUGGUGUUGUUGAUGUCGAUGGUGAAUAGCGGAGAUAGCAUCGGUGCAAACUGGGGAACUCAGGCAAGCCACCCUCUGCCGCCUGCAACGGUGGUGAAGCUGCUCAAGGACAACGGGAUUCAAAAGGUGAAGCUUUUCGAUGCCGAGGCUAACGUCCUCUUCGCCUUUCGAGGAUCCGGGAUCGAGGUCAUGGUCGGAAUCCCCAACGACAUGUUGGCAACUCUUUCCACCAGUGUCGAUGCUGCUGAGAGAUGGGUCGAGAAGAAUGUUUCUGCACACAUCUCCUCCAACAGUGUUCUAAUCAAGUAUGUUGCAGUUGGAAAUGAGCCUUUCCUCUCCACAUACAACGGAACGUUCCUGAGCUCGACCUUGCCGGCGCUGCAGAACAUUCAGGCGGCUCUGAUCAAGGCCGGCCUCGGAGGCCGGGUGAAGGUCACCGUCCCACUCAACGCAGACGUGUACGAGUCCUCGACGCAGCAGCCGUCGACGGGAGACUUCCGGGCGAACAUCAAGGAUGUGAUGGUGCAGAUCGUGGAUUUCUUGAGCCGGAAUGAAGCUCCGUUCACUGUCAACAUCUACCCUUUCAUAAGCCUCUACAACGACCCCCACUUCCCGGUGGACUACGCCUUCUUCGACGGGUACUCGAGCCCCAUCGAGGACAAUGGCAAGACCUACACCAAUGUGUUUGACGCCAACUACGACACCCUUGUCUGGGCGCUGCAGAAGAACGGAUACGGGAACAUGACGAUCAUCGUUGGGGAAAUUGGAUGGCCGACUGACGGGGAUAGGAACGCCAACAUCGGAUAUGCACAGAGGUUCAACCAAGGUGUGAUGGGGCAUUUGGGGAAGGGCACUCCCAUGAGACCGGGCCCAGUGGAUGCCUACUUGUUCAGCCUCGUCGACGAGGACGCCAAGAGCAUCCAGCCUGGGAACUUCGAACGCCACUGGGGAGUGUUCAACUUCGACGGGACGGUCAAGUACAACCUCAGCCUUGGGUCGGGCAACCGUGGUCUAGUCAAAGCCAGCAAUAUCAAGUACUUCCCCGAGCGUUGGUGUGUCCUUUCCCCCACUGCCAGCCUCGACGACCCCCAGCUCGUGCCGAGUGUCGAAUACGCGUGCUCACAUGCUGACUGCACCAGCCUAGGGUUCGGAAGCUCUUGCGCGGAUCUGGAUGCACGGGGGAAUGUGUCAUAUGCAUUCAACAGUUACUACCAGACAAGCGACCAGCUGGAGACUGCUUGCAAGUUCCCUAACCUCUCUGUGAUCACAACAACGGAUCCGUCGCGGGGCACGUGUCGGUUCAAGCGUAUGUUCCAAGAGCCUGGUAAGGGAAAUGGUGGCUUCUUGUUAGAGCCGGUUGGCGUCCUGCUUCAGAUGCUUGUAUUCAUGCUGGCCUUUUUGUGAGGGCAUGAGCUAUCAAUCAUACUGUUGUUUCAUUCUUUUUUGCCAUAUACAGAUGUGACUCUCAGUAUUUUUGUUC